AUGAAUGCAACACAAUUGAAAACUUACAAUACUGAUACCUUUGAUUUUAAUGACUUUGAAUAUAUACUAGAGGAUUACGAAGAUACUGAAAGUACAAGCCUGGCUGUUGAAUCAGAGAGUGUCAUGACAGAUAGCGUUAUGGCAGAUAAAUCUGAUUUUGAUAUAGAAUUGAAGACAUUCCUGUUUAAUGAUACUAGCUUUAAUCAAGCACGUGAACUUGCUGAAGCAGAAGAAGAAACAGACAUUAAUAUUUUACUGGAAAAUAAUGAUACUGACAUCGAUAUAGAAAGCUGUAAUAUAGCAUCAUCCUUGGCAGCUGAUCUAGAAUCUGAGAAUAAUGAAAAUGAGUAUCUUGUUCAGGGUAACAUUGAUACCAAUAUGAAACUUAGUCAACAAUUGUCAGCCUGUCCAAUUCUGGAUAUUAUCGAUGCAUUUUUCGAUACUAAAUCAUUUCCAGUAACUACAAAAUCACCUAGCCUUUUAUUUGUUAAAAUUGUUUUAAGACUGGGCCACAUUAACAUGAUGAAUAUCAUAGAUCAAAAAUAUGAUAUUACACCUGAAACUGCGCCAGCCUUAGAAAAAGCAUUAGGGAUUGCGACGUGGAAUGCACGAUAUGAAGUACGAAACAAAAAAAUGAACCUUGAAAGUCCAAGUUCUCUGGCAGUAUAUCAAGAUGGGUUCCCAUUAUGUGUCGCCAAUUUUUUUAAUGGAUUCAUUGAAACUUUGCAAAGAAAAAAGCAUGAAGUGCUUCAACAUGAAAGAAUCCUUGAAAAAACCCGACGGCAUGAAGCAAAACCUGAAACAAGAUUGUUGCGCAGUGCUUACAUAUGGAACGUAUUAGUAAUAGAUAACAUUGACUUUAUAGAAAAGACUUUUGCUUAUGGAAAUAUCUAUGAUGUAGCACGAAGAACUGCGCAUGCUACACUACGUAUGGUCUUCCAGUUUAUCUUGCCCAUGCAACUACGCUGUCGUAAUCAUAUAAAUGUUAGUAAUCCCCGUGAAAUUAACCAGUCUCUUUUUGGAACUUCAACUUUUACUAGUAAUCUUCUUAAGGUUUAUGAGACUACGUUCCAAAAUUUUUUAACCACAGGUGAUGAAAAUUGGGAUGUAAGUAGUAUUUUAAGUAAAAUUUCUGAAAAUGUUCCUAUUGGGUGCCAGAAGAAAGAGCCAUAUUAUCACGAAAAGAAGCUUUGUGGAAAUUGGCAAAUGAAUUAUUUGAUUUUUGCAUGCUAUGAUCUUGGAACAGCUCGUCUUUAUAAAAUUCUGCAGCAAGAUGUAUAUAAAAUUGAACCAAAAAACACAGUGGGUCGUCGAAAACGCAACGUAGUAGUACAUAAGUUGAUUUCACAAGCAGAGCAUCAGAGAAAGGAAACACAAGAGAGAGGGCAAACAGACAAUAACAGCAUUCAUAUUAAUCAAGCAGAAAAUAGUAAUGUCGCUACCGGGCAAUUACAUGAACAAACGGGUGCAAAACGCCAACGUAGAGCUACAAGUAAUUAUGAGAAAAACAUUCUUGAUGAAUUACUUAAAUAUGAUACAUUUCCAGAAGAAAAAGCUGUCGAAAUUUUAAGAAAUAUUCAAGAACAGAGUAAUGAUUGGGAUAUGCAACGUGUGCGGAUAUACUGGAACAACAAUCGCCAUAACAAACGAAAAAAAGUUUCUUCAGAUAUGUAA